AUGGGCACCGUGGUGCAAGUCCUGGAAGUAGUUCACAGGCAAGACGAGAAGCGAGUGCGGGGAAGGAUCGAAGAGCCGGCCGGGUGGAUAUCCAUUGUCAGCACGGAGGACGGGAACCGCUGGGCGCAGCGCGACCUGGCGCGGAGCAACCGCUGGGCAGUGAACGGCCAAGAGCAGCUGCAGAGCCUUCGGAGGGAGCUGCAGCUCCUCGAGGCUGCAAGCAAAGACGCAGAGGAGGCGCAGCGGAUGCAGGAGCUGCAGACGGCCCGAGAGACCGCGGAGGCUGAGAGGGCUGAGGAGAUGGACAGAAGGGAGCGAGAGCUUCGGGAGAUGCAGGACCGGCUGCGGAAGACCGAGCUCCAGCUGCACUCGGCGCAGGUGGCGGCGGACGGGCCCGGGGUCUACGUGCUGCAGAGCGACGUGGAUCUGUCGGAGGGCUGUCAGCGGAACUCCAAGAAGGUGGGCCGCCUGAGCGCCGGCCAGGAAGUCCAGGUGUUGGAGGUGGCGUUGCGGGAGGCCGAGCGCCGGGUCCGGGGCCGCCUUUCGGGCGGCUGGAUCUCGCUGCUGGACACGGCCGAGGGCUACAGGUGGGCGCAGAAGCAGCUAUUUGCCACCAACGAAUGGAUCGGCCAGCUGACCGCCAACGCGGGCCUCACGGAGAUGAAAGCGCGCUGCGCCGGCCUGGAGGCACAGCGGGAUUCUCUCUUAGAGGAGCUGAACAAUGCUUCGGCCAGGCCGCAAGGCAAACCUCUUGCCGGAUCCGACGAGUCCGAGGAAUUGCAGGCACUACGAGGUAAAGUAGUCUUGCUGGAGGCCGGCCGUGAGGAAGCAGAGUUACAGGCCGAAUUGCUUCGCACCAAGUACCAGACUUUAGAGGCAGAACUGGAGGAGAUGCAGCAGGAUUCCUCCAAUCACGUGGAUUCAGCAGCUGCUAGGGGGCUUUCCCUUCAGGCGGAGGAGCUGCGACGGCAGCUGCAGCAGCAGGUGCAGGAGCGAGGCAAGCUGGAGGCGGAGCUGGCCAGGCUGAGGGCAGAGGAGCUCGCUCUGCACGCUGAGGUGGAGGAGCUGCGUGCAGCAACAGUGUCGAGCCCGACGGCAGAGAAUCCCUUGACGGCCGCGGAGCGGUGGGUGUUGUACACAGAGGUGCCCAAGGUCGAGGGCACGCCGAGCAUGACGUACUUUGGAAAGAUCAAGGUUGAUUUCGAUGAUGAGGCGCUGGGCUUGGGCCCCUUGGCCUCGGUGAACUUCGCCCAGCGCGCCGCCGCCUCCGCGGCCGUGGAGCGGGGCGACGCGCUGAGGGCGGCGCUGCGCCACUUCCGCGAAGCGGGGGGCGAGACCUCCCUGGAUCCCAAGGCGCUGCGGGACUUUCUGACCAAGGUUUUCCAAGAGCAUGGGCUGACACCGCCCCUGGAACCACAUAUCAAGGCCGUCUACGACCUCUUCAACCCUCCGCCGGCUGAGCCGCGGCUGGACGCCCUGCACUGCCUCGGCCUCACCGACGCGCUGCUGAGGGCAGCGCUGCGCACGAAGCCGAAGGCGGAGUCCACAACUGACCCUUGCUGCAGCUGCGGUGAGCUCUAUGAGGAGGACUCGAACUUCUGCAUCGCCUGCGGCGAGCCCCGGCCAAGCCCUGUCAAGAAGACCGUGAGUUGGGCGCCAAAGGUGCACCUGGGGCCGACGAUGCAGAAGAGGGCCUGCGAAGGCUGCCAGCAGCCGCUGACUGAGGACUCCACCUUUUGCAGCAUGUGCGGCCGGGUCUGUGGCCUGAGCCCGGCCCCAUCCCCACCUGUGAAAAUGGUGCCGCAGCUAGCGCCGUAUGCUCCAGUGGCGCCGUUGGAGACGCUGGCCCCUUCUCGACCGCUGGACGCCACGCGGAUCCGCGGCUGUCGUCUGGCGGCGGAAGUGCAGGCAUCGAGCCCGGGUGUCUGUGCUUUCCGUGAGGUUGCCGCUGCCUCACUCGGAACUCGGCCAAUGUGA